AUGGCUGACAAGGCCGUUGCAGCGGCUUAUAAAGCUGCCUUUCUGUACUGGGACAGUAAGUCUACACCCUGGGAUCCCACCAAGGGACAGAACUCUCUGUACUGGGACAGUAAGUCUACACCAUGGGAUCCCACCAAGGGACAGAACUAUCUGUACUGGGACAGUAAGUCUACACCAUGGGAUCCCACCAAGGGACAGAACUCUCUGUACUGGGACAGUAAUUCUACACCCUGGGAUCCCACCAAGGGACAGAACUAUCUGUACUGGAACAGUAAGUCUACACUCUGGGAUCCCACCAAGGGACAUAACUCUCUGUACUGGGACAGUAAGUCUCCACUCUGGGAUCCCACCAAGGGACAGAACUCUCUGUACUGGGACAGUAAGUCUACACCCUGGGAUCCCUCCCAGGGACAGAACUCUCUGUACUGGGACGGUAAGUCUACACCCUGGGAUCCCACCAAGGGACAUAACUCUCUGUACUGGGACAGUAAGUCUCCACUCUGGGAUCCCACCAAGGGACAGAACUCUCUGUACUGGGACAGUAAGUCUACACCCUGGGAUCCCUCCCAGGGACAGAACUCUCUGUACUGGGACAGUAAGUCUACACCCUGGGAUCCCACCAAGGGACAGACCUCUCUGUACUGGGACGGUAAGUCUCCACCCUGGGAUCCCACCAUGGGACAGAACUCUCUGUACUGGGACAGUAAGUCUCCACCCUGGGAUCCCACCAAGGGACAGACCUCUCUGUACUGGGACAGUAAGUCUAUUCCCUGGGAUCUCACCAGGGACAGAACUCUCUGUACUGGGACAGGACAGACCUCUCUGUACUGGGACAGUAAGUCUACACUCUGGGAUCCCAUCAAGGGACAGAACUCUCUGUACUGGGACAGUAAGUCUACACUCUGGGAUCCCACCAAGGGACAGAACUCUCUGUACUGGGACAGUAAGUCUACACUCUGGGAUCCCAUCAAGGGACAGAACUCUCUGUACUGGGACAGUAAGUCUACACUCUGGGAUCCCACCAAGGGACAUAACUCUCUGUACUGGGACAGUAAGUCUACACUCUGGGAUCCCACCAAGGGACAGACCUCUCUGUACUGGGACAGUAAGUCUACACGCUGGGAUAUCAUCAAGGGACAGAACUCUCUGUACUGGGACAGUAAGUCUACACUCUGGGAUCCCAUCAAGGGACAGAACUCUCUGUACUGGGACAGUAAGUCUACACCCUGGGAUCCCAUCAAGGGACAGAACUCUCUGUACUGGGACAGUAAGUCUACACUCUGGGAUCCCACCAAGGGACAGAACUGUCUGUACUGGGACAGUAAGUCUACACCCUGGGAUCCCAUCAAGGGACAGACCUCUCUGUACUGGGACAUAAGUCUACACCUUAGGAUCCCACCAAGGGACAGAACUCUCUGUACUGGGACAGAUCCCACCAAGGGACAGAACUCUCUGUACUGGGACAGUAAGUCUACACUCUGGGAUCCCACCAAGGGACUGACCACUCUGUACUGUGACAGUAAGCCUACACCCUGGGAUCCCACCAAGGGACUGACCACUCUGUACUGUGACAGUAAGCCUACACCCUGGGAUCCCACCAAGGGACAGAACUCUCUGUACUGGGACAGUAAGUCUACACUCUGGGAUCUCAUCAUGGGACAUAUCACUCUGUACUGUGACAGUAAGCCUACACCCUGGGAUCCCACCAAGGGACAGAACUCUCUGUACUGGGACAGUAAGGGACAGACCUCUCUGUACUGGGACAGUAAGUCUACACUCUGGGAUCUCACCAAGGGACAGACCUCUCUGUACUGGGACAGUAAGCCUACACCCUGGGAUCCCACCAAGGGACAGAACUCUCUGUACUGGGACAGUAAGGGACAGAACUCUCUGUACUGUGACAGUAAGUCUACACUCUGGGAUCUCACCAAGGGACAGACCUCUCUGUACUGGGACAGUAAGUCUCCACCCUAG